AAUCGAUUGCUAGCUGCGUGUUCGUUGUGACUACCGAGUUGAUGAAGAGCCACAGCUGAAAAUUAAGAGGAGGCCUUGUCAAAGUGGUUCAUUCUGCUCAUCAAAACCAGCUUUCUUCUGAGAACCUGCCUCGUUUACAGCCAAGACUCAAAAAAUAUGGGCAGGAACAAGCCCGCCAGCAGGCUUCUUUCGAGUGGCCGACCCCCUACCCUCAAGAAAGCAAAGUCAAUAUCUCGCAAAGAAACCAGGACUCUCAUCAACUCUCAUCACACUUUACAGAAGAAACGUCAACAGGCUCUUGCACGCGGUGACGAGAAGGAAGCGGCAGCAAUAGCCGCAGACAUAUCUGCCCUAGGUGGUCUCGAAGAGUACCAACGAGCCAGUCUUCAAGGGCAGAGGGUAGACCGGGGUGGGGACAGCUCCAGAAUCCUUCUCGACUGGUUGCGAUCAGCCAAUCUACAGCCCUCGGGAACCAUAUCCAGCGGGAAGGAUAAGGGCGGCGCCCAUCGCCGGUUGCGAAUGCUCGAGGUGGGCGCCCUCAGCACCCAGAACGCCUGCUCCAAGAGCGGUCUUUUCGAGAUGGAGCUCAUCGACCUCAACAGCCAGCAAGCGGGAAUUCUGCAGCAGGACUUCAUGGAACGACCUCUUCCCAAGGAUGAUUCGGAGCGGUUUGACAUCAUCUCACUCAGUUUGGUGCUUAACUACGUCCCGGACCACUCCCAGCGCGGUCAGAUGCUUCUCCGCACGCUUUCGUUUCUCCGCCAGCCAGAAGACGCUCCAUCAGAGACUUCCUACGCCCUCUUCCCCUCAUUAUUUGUCGUCCUACCCCGAAGCUGCAUCGCCAAUUCGCGCUACUUCUCCCAUGAUAGGCUGGUUGAGCUGAUGAAUCUCUUGGGUUACGUCCAGCUCAAGGGCAAGGUCACGAGCAAACUAGCCUAUUCUUUUUGGCGUAGAGAAUCUGCUCCAUGUUCGCCGUUGCCAAUAGUUGCCAAGAAAGAGCUCAACCCGGGGGUGAAUCGAAACAAUUUCACAAUCACUCUCAAGAACUCAUAACCCUCCCUUCGCACGCCCCGAUUCCAACUGUCACUGUCACGGUGUUUGGAAGUCUACUAAAUGGUUGCCGCGGUGGCCACCUAUCUUUUGACCACACACGGGCGACUAUGUAUUCCAUCUGACACAGUACGUGUAUACUCCGAACAAAGGCGGGCUCCAAUCGCCAAACCCAGCUGCCUUUUUCGGGCAUUGCUCGAUGAUCACACGCUGGGCAUCAAAGGUGAUGCGAGUUCCAAGCGUUUGCUUUUGCAGCGAUCGGCAGGCGAUCACUUGCGUUGACGUCUCCGAAUGGACGCCUUGAGAGGAUUACGUUUCAGCAAGCCAACGAUGACCUACAUUGCGGGACAUGCGUCGUCAAGAAGUCAAGCAACAUACAGUUGCUUAUCAGCAAACGCAUCUGGUUAAUAGGUCGUUGCCUCUACCGGCUUCGUAUCGCCGGACGGACGGUCGGUGUUGUUUCUGACAGACAUGGAUCAAUCAUUUG